AUGGCUUCUUCAGAUGUGUGUUCCACUGAGGAUGCUCUUAAGGCAUUCUUAGAAUACUUGGUUGAUCCAAUGCUGCCAGCAAAACUUUCUCCAUCUUAUAACCCCACACUAUCUCAGCAGCAGUCUGUUGCAAAACAGGUUCAUUCCGUUGUGUUACUGUACAACUACUACCACAGAAAACAGUAUCCAGAGCUUGCUUUUCUGUCCUCUGAUGAAUUUUGCAAGUUAGCUGUGGCUCUGAGACCUGCAUUAUCAGUGCAUACAAAAUUCACCCAGAAGCCUGAUGAAACUGAGCUUGUUGAUGUGAAGCAGUUGCCUAUAACUGCAGACAAGAUCUUAAAUGCAUGUAAUAUAUGUAAAUGUUUAGAUACAUCAAAAAAUGUCCCUGAUGUGGAAGGAUGGCCCGUUUCAAAAGUUGUUGUCCUUUUAAUAGACAAUAAGAAGGAGAACUGUUUCUUGAUUUUUAGUUCCAUCACUGAGGGGGUAUGGUCACUGGUUGAAAAAGAUGUGGAAACAAUCUGCCAAAGUUCUGAAAUUACAACAGGAGACAAACCUACUUCCAAAAAGAAAAGAGUCAUUAAAAAGUCUACAAAAAAUGAGUUAAAUUUUGAAGAAGAUGGAAUGUUGCAAUUUGGAUAUUCUGCUGUAAAGGAAACUGCGGGUAUUGAUGAAACUGAUAUUACAAUUUUGGAAGGUCGCACUGUGUAUUCUCAAAGCAAAAUAAAGACAGCUUCACGCUUUUAUAUAAUGAAGUGCUCCCAGUUGAUCAAACGGGAAUUUAUUCAAGUUCCUAUCAAAUAUUUGGUUGAGAGCUUGCAAGGUCCAUUGGUCAAGAAGAGUUCUAGCUGUUGGACAGUCACCUCAGUUGUUGAGUACUUCCAUGUGCUUCCUUAUUCUGAAAUAAUCUCAGAGUGGAUUUCUAGAGAAACCUUCUCAAGUAGUUUGCGAGAUUCAAAGUUGACAGAGAAAAAUAUGAUUGUUGGUCACCCUGAAAUGACAGAAUCAUGUACAAGUAGUGAGGGCAUGUCUAAUGGCCUUGAUCUUAAGUCAAGCAGUGAUGCUAUUGAAGCUCUUAAUCAGAACGAGAACAAUGGAAGUUGUGGAGUUACAUGUUCUGCUUCUAUUAAGGAAGCCCAGGAUGCAUAUGUGGACAAUUCUUUAGCUUCUCCAUCUCAAAUGAAAGAAGGAUGUCAGCAUAUUGCCAAUACAUUACAGGUUCGAAAAGAUAAAGCAAUUGAGAAUCCAUCUGUACAACAUUACUCAAAUCAAUCAAAAAACCCUACCCAGGCUAAGAAUGGUGAUGCAAUAAGGAUGCUCAUCACUGAGGGUGGAACCAAAAAUCAAUCUAGUUGUGAUAAAGGUUUUUCCAAAACCUCUUUUGGCAAUGAUUCCAUAGAAGAAAGUGCCCUGAUUACAAAUAAUCCCAAUUCCAAUAUUGAAAAGCUUCAAAAUCUUAUAGCUUCAAAGGGAAAGACAUUAUCACAGACUGCCAAAGCUUCUUUUGAAAAUGAUUCGAUAGAAAAUUGUGCCUUGAUUAAAAGAAGCCCGAAAUCUCAUCUUGAAAAGCUCCAAAUUAUAGCUUCAAAGGGAAUGACAUUGUCACAGACUGCCAAAUCCUCUUUUCAAAAUGAUCACAUAGAAGAGUGUGCCUUGACUGCAAAUAAUCCCAACACAGGUCUUGAAAAGCUCCAAUUUCUUGUAGCUUCAAAGGGAGAGGCAUUGUCACAGACUGCACUAAAUGCCCUUAAGCGAAAGAGGAAUGCACUGGCUCUUCAGCAGCGCAAGAUAGAGGAUGAGCUUGCUUUGUGUGAUAAAAAAAUUCAGAGAAUGUUAACUAGUGGGGAAGAUGAGUUGGAAUUAAAGAUAGAAUCCAUCAUAGAAGGCUGUAAUGAUGCAUUUGUAAGAAAUCAAGGAAGGAUAUCACAAAAUCUUGAGGACCAAAGCUUAUCUCGACCCAUUCAGCAGAGAAGAUUGACAGAAGCAGUGCUCAUCAUGCAAAGUCCUUUUAUAUUUGUCAUUUUUGUUGUGUUCGAUUGUGUGGACUUGAGGGCUGAAUUUGUUGAGUUGGGGUGGGAGCUUGAUUUUGAAGAAAAAGUUCUCAAUAAUGAACUAGAUGGUAUAUGUCAUGAAAAUAGCUGGCUUCUACCAAUUUAUCGUGUUUCUGAAUUAGAUGGUGGAUUCCAAGCUGAUGUAGCUGUUAAAGGACUAGACUUUGAAUGUUCCUGUGGAGGCAAUCUCUGUUCCCAUCCUCAUGAAGCAAGAGAAUCAGCUGCUGCUCAGAUGUUAGCCCGCUUAAGAAGUAGGGCAAAAUCAGCAACUACUUCUGGUUUGCUGCUUCAUCGGCAAUAUAUGGACAGCCCUGGAGGAAUUCAUUCUUCACGACUCAUGAAUCAUUUGGAGCUUCUAGCAUUUGAUCCACACUAUAGAGAACGAGAGAAAACGUUUCAGUAA